AGUACUUGGCUCAAAAACACGCUGCUCACCCCGCCUAACAACGCUGCACACGCCUUAACGCGAUCUCCCGAGAUCUCUCUCGGCCAGAGCCGGCCAUGCCCAUGCCGGCCAUUCCUGCUGUGGGGGACACCCCAGCAGCAAACCCCGUGCCCAGUGAACCAAACCCGUCCGAGAAGCCGUUGCACAUUAGGUGUGAGGAUGGAAGCCUUCUGGAGGUCGAAAAGAUGGACAUCCCCAGGAGGUUGAAGCACGUCCUCCGAGAGAUGGACCUGGAUGCCUCAGGCUUUGUGGACGAGAAGAAUUUGGAGGAUUCGCUCAAGAUCCUCCGGCAUUUGAAAAAAGGCCUGGACACCGAUGGCAGUGGCCAUGUGACCAACCAGGAGAUGGAAGAUGGCGUUUCUUUGUUGACCUUGUUGAUGACUGAAAAAGCCAACAAUUCGAAAGAGAUGCCCUACAAGCACUUGCCCGAGCAAAUUCAGGAAGUCAUGCGCGAGUGGGACUUGGAUGGGAGUGGCAUGGUUGGAGUGGAGGAGCUGACCGCUGCGGCCGGCGCUUACAAGAAGAUUCAACAAGAAGGCCGUUUGAUGAGGAAGAUCAUCGUCGCAAUGGCUUUGGUGAUCCUCUUUCUCAUGGGUGCCAUGUUUGCGCUGAGCAUCACCGCGGUGGAGAUCACCAAGGAGAUGCGCGGCACCUCCACGGGCGUGAUGGAAUCCACCGAUCCGGAAGGGAAUCAGAUCGUGGUCAAGGUGGCCAGCUCUGACUUCGAGAUGGCCGCAGAUGGCUCCUUGAUCAUCCGUGGUGCUAUUGGUGCCAAUGCCACCUGUCCAGAAAACACCACCUGCCGCCGCCUCCAAGCUGCCAACAAUGUGAUCUCGGUGGCCCAAAAAGAAACCGCACGACGCUUGUCUUCAACCCUUCCGGAUGACUCCUUCAAAGAGUUGAAGCAACUGACCUUGAAGGACAACUUGGGGCACACCUUGAAGGUGACCAUCACCAGCUUUCAGCGCUUGCGACUCCGGUCCUCUCGCUGUGGCUCCGUGAUCCAUCUCUACAGCGAAAAGGGACGCUUUACCUUGGACGAUUACGAGAUGACCGCAGAUGCUGCCAUGGAGGCCUAUGUGAAGGACGCUGGCAUGGAAGGUCUGUUUGAGACCGUUGCCGGUGAUGCGGGCUUUGGACGUCGAUUGAGUUCCACGGAUGGAAUGCUGGAAGGCUUUUUCAACAUGCUCGAAGAUGUGGAAUGGGAAUGCGAAUCGGUGGAUUUGCCCAGUCCCAACGACAUUCCCCAGUACUACCAUGCGACCAUUCAUGUGAAACACCUGCACAACAGGCCAGCCAAGGCAUAUUCCAAGUACUUUAAGGACGAGGAUGGUCAGUGGCUCCUCUUGCCUGGUGUCCUGGAAGAGAAUGGAAAGAUCUACAAGACUUGGAGGGAAGAGCUGGUGAAGUCUGCCGGGGUCACGGCCUACCUGAGCGAAUACGCGAUGCACCCACUGCAACGGGAGCUCCGCCUCAAGAAAGGCGGCGUUCAGGCCACGAUCGAAGGGAUGGGCCGCACGGGCUACCGCUGCUUUCUGGAAGCCCCCGAGCCGUCCUCGAUGAAGUCGGCUGCUGGUGCAGCAGUGCCCACCAUGGAAUUUAUGGGAGUCCAUGUGGAGAACGGCACCGUGCUGCGCAAGUGGAGGCUUGAUCCGAUGGGUGAUUUGGACGAGCAGGAUGAAGGUUCUGAGAACACCAUCGGCAUGAUGGAAGCUGGCCUGAUCCCCAACCGCGUGGACUACUACGAUGUGGAUACAGACCCCAGCGGCCGAUUUGAAUCGGGUCAGCCUUACCGCAUCCACAUGUACUCCACGGUGGCCGGCUCGAAGAUCGAUACCGUGAAGCAGUACAUGUCCAUCAAGGCGCUGCCAUCCGUCUUCGAGGUGCCUGGGAUGUUCGAGUUCUUCAACAUCACCAGGCUCGAUGGCAAAUGUGGUUUCGCACGGGAGCUGCUAGCGGGCAAUGCUUCCAAUGCCACGAACACCUCCAAAGCCGCCUUCGAGUCUGCCACGAUGUUGGCUGAUGAGGUGGUUGGCUCGUUGGGCGUGGCGAACCGAAGCUCCUGGGAUCCGAACUUCCAUAUGCCACCGGAGAUCUACCCCUGGUCGGAGCUCCCCUCCGCCCUCUUGUACAACUACAAGCGAUUGCAGUUCUACCUCUCUCGCGGUGAUCACCGGCCAGAGCUCAUGAACGCGAGGAUGUUCAAGUACUGGGAGGCUCUCUUCACCUCAGUGGAGAACCAGGAUGAGUUGUUUGACCACGAGUUCGUGGACUACAUGGCGGAGAUGACACAAGCGAACAAUGACACCAACACCAGCUACCAAAGCGGUGGCAGCCGUCGCUUGCUCUCACGGCGCUUGGGCUCCCGCGUGGACCACGGUGAUGGGACCUAUUCCGUGGAGAUCAACUCAGAGGACUUAAAACCAGCGGAUCCGGACCACCCGCUGCGGCGCCUGUCUGCGGCAGGUCGACGGUUGGAUGACAACGAACCACCUUGGAAGUACAAGGCUUGGGUCACCCCAGAGAGGAUCGAAAUCGAAGCGGACAUCGGAAAGGCCAAUCUCAAAUUCCUGGUGCAGUACUGCAACCUGUGGAACCCCACAGCGACCAACUGGGGCGCCUGCAUGACUGGCCGCGCUGGCGCGGGAGACAUCGUAAAGCUCGAAGGCUACUGCAGUGGUACACAGAUCUUCUGGCCUUUCCCCAAGGUUUCCUUGACCUUGGGCGGCUUGCUGGUCUAUGAUGACACCGCGGCCAUGGGCAUAGAACAGGAUAGAGACUUCUACUUGGAGAACAUGGAGGGUCGUGAACGAGUCUUGGGCAUGGAUGGCUGGAGCUACAAAUGGUACGACCGCGGCCAAGCCGGCACCAAAGAUACCUGGCAGAUCCGCUCCGCGGAUCCGGGCAUCACAGUGAUCGGCUCCGAUAGCCGGGUGUUUAUCCGGAACAUGAACACAGGACGACACAUCCAGGACAACAAUGGAAAUGUGCGAAUGAGCAGCAACACUGGUGGCUGGGAGAAGUUCAAGGUCUUGGAUGCAGGAGGAGGAAAGGUCUACCUCCAGAGCCAUCGCGGGGCAUACUUGGCCAUUCGCGAAGACAAGAAUUGGGGAAGUUUGGAAUGCAAGGUCACCCUCUACGAGGACCGUAACUGCCGUGGCGGCUCGCGUGUGGAGCGCAGCACCGACUCCAGCGGCCAGACCUUUGGACCCUACGGCCGCCGCCGCCGUCGCCGCCGCUACGUCUACAUCUCCGAUGAGUGGAGAUCUGCUAAGGGUGAAGGACAUUGUCGACAGGUCGAGUUCUUCGACGAAGACGAGAGCGAGACCAUGUAUGAAGACAACCUGUGGCAAUCGGGCAACUUUGGUUGCUUUGACUUCGAGGACAUGGAUGGUGGAAGUGAUGUUGAUGAAGACUUGGGUGGCCUCAAGAUCUGGGCUGAGGGGCCAGACCCACCUGUCUUUGGAAGCAACGGCAAGGUGGACCUGAUUUUCACCUGGACGAAAGAUACUCGUGCCAAAUGGAUCAUGACCAAGACGCCCAACCCCAGCGACGAGAAAGACUCGGGCUCCAUUGUCUCGUUUGGCGACGCACUGCUGUAUGGCGGUCUGACCUUCGAGAAGGAGAUCGAGAUCAUUUGGGGUAUCAAGGCCUCUUGGACCACCGAGAUCGGUGCCGCUGGUGCCGUUCAUCAAACCCAUGGCAUCUACUUGGCAGAGAUCUACGGGAAGACCAUCUUUGAAAUUACCCCUGUGCAGAUCUACCUGUUGCUGAAAUUCAACCCCGAUGAGCCAUGGGACACGAAGUACAAGAAGUGGAAGAUGUACGUGGGCGUGGGCUACGAGUUGGACACUUGGUUGUACACCUUCCGCGACGAGUACGAGAUCACGACCAGCGAAUUGAACUUCUGAGCCAAGGCAUUGAGUUGAGCCAUGCAUAGCGGUGUUGCCUCAAACCCGUGCACCGUUCAGUUCCCGGUUUGAAAAUGGGACACCGAGUUCUGGGGGGACAAAGUCUAUACUCCUCAAAGCUGGGGUACAAGGCUUGUAGUUACUGUAAAGGUGUGGGUGUGUCUCCCAAACGCGUCUGGCAGACUUCAGCUGGUUGAUGUUGUACGCCGCUGUAUGCCUCGUUGUCAAAUACUCUGAGACAAACCCAUGUUCAUUCGGAGUCGUGUUAAGCCACGGUUCCGGAGUUGUUUGAAGCACGACGAUGGAGGGCACGACCAGAAGCUUCGUGAACGAGGCAAGGCCAAGCAGGAAGAUGGUUGGAAGACUAUCCAGAUGUGUGGACUGAACCGCUAGUGC